AGAAAAAGGGGAAAAUCUAUCUGCAAGACUGCAAACACCCCCCCUGGUCAGCAGCCCCUCUCUGUGUAUAUAAAUGCCCUACCACACCUCUCUGAUCCGCAAAUGUCUCCGGCCCCUCUGAAUCCAUCCUUAAAGGCUUAAACCCUCCAUAAGCCUCUUCUCCCUCUCUCUCUCUCUAUCUCCAUCUCUUCUCCAGGAGACAGGAGGCAUAGAUGCACGGCGAUACUCCAUAGCGCCGGAGGAGGACACAACCUUAAUUUCUGCCAUCGGAGAUACAAGCAGCUGCCUCCUCUUCCAGCUCCAUCGACGCAUGCAUGCCUCUCUCUUGCUCGGAGUGAUCGUCGUCCAGCUCAGUUCCGAUCUCUCUCGCUGCAAGAAAAAAGGGCAAGAAAGACUGAGAGCAGCAGAAGAGGAGGAAGAUGAUGAUGACUGAGGUCGCCAAUCACAGCAAAAGGAACCACAAUGAAAGCUACUUCAGCGGGAAAGCAGCGGUCGCCAGCAGCUCGGAGGAGUUUGGGAGCAUGACAUCCAAGAAGCCAAGGAACACAAGCCCGAGAGGCGCUCCCGUCUCCCCGAAGGAGAAGAAGGAUAAGAUUGGUGAGAGAGUAGCCGCACUGCAGCAGCUAGUGUCACCAUUUGGGAAGACCGACACUGCCUCUGUUCUUCAGGAGGCCUCAGGGUACAUCAAGUUCCUGCACCAGCAGCUCGAGGUUCUUAGCUCCCCUUACAUGCGUGCUCCGCCGGUGCCUGGUGCUGUGUCUGAGGAUCCCGAGCACUACAGCCUGAGGAACCGUGGCCUCUGCCUGGUUCCGGUGGACCAGACGCUGCAGCUGACGCAGAGCAACGGGGCCGACCUGUGGGCGCCGGCGAACACGACCAGGCGCAGGUGAACGGAGGAGCCGGGCCCGGAGCCGACCGGAGGAGUAGGAGAGGACUUUGUCUGGGGGCGGUGUAGAAGAAUUCCAAGUGUCUGACCCGAUUCAUGAAAUCUCCUAACAAAGCAAAAAAAAAAAAAACUAAUAAGCAACCGUGUGCCCGUGUCUCGCUCUCGGAUCUCUUGCCUGUAAUAUAUUACCAGUAGCGAACCCUGCCUGCAGGUCGGUGUGUGCGAGACCGUGAGAGUGCGGGCUACUGAUGAGUCUGUGUUAGCGCCGGACAUAUGUGUAAUCAAACAUAGCGAGAAGGUAGUACUAGACUACCUGUGCCCUUUGUGAUAUGUAACUGUGUCUUUAAGUAACAU